UCUACCCAGAAACCCCCAACGCUCAGCCACAAGCUGGCUUCUUGGGCUUCGGGAGUGUUUCCCAUUUAAACAAACACAGCGCUGAAGAUGGCGGAGAGUUAAUAGCGAAACGAAGAAGAUAUCGGUACGCUCACAGAGAUACAUCGAUUUGGAAACCCAUCGGCUGAAGGUGGGUCUUUUGUUGGUUUUGAGGAUCCAUACGUCACCAUAACUAGAGACCCCCUGACAGCCCCCAUCUGGUCCUCAUCAAGUGGUGCCGCCAACGGUCAGGCUGGAUGCUGUACGGCACACAGACACCAGCGUAGAAGACCAGUAGACCAGUCCAGAAUAGGACCAUUAUCUCCAAGAGAGAACUCGUCUCGUCCACUCCAGGCUCCAUCACAAGGUGCUGAUAUGUGUACACGAUGAGUGGACUGGGGGACAACUCCAUGGAGCCUUUGAGCUCGGAAAACCGAAAACGCAAGCUCUCCACCUGCGACACGCCCAGUCUGGGGUGUGAGCGAAGGCGGCGGGAGCAGGAGAGUAAAUACAUUGAGGAGCUGGCCGAACUGAUCUCUGCCAAUCUCAGUGACAUCGACAGCUUCAACGUCAAGCCAGACAAGUGUGCUAUCCUCAAGGAGACGGUGCGCCAGAUCAGACAGAUCAAGGAGCAGGGCAAAGCAUCCUCCAAUGAUGACGAUGUUCAGAAGUCAGACGUGUCCUCCACGGGACAGGGGGUCAUCGACAAGGACCACCUGGGGCCGCUCCUGCUGCAGGCCCUGGAUGGCUUUUUAUUUGUGGUGAACCGGGAGGGCAGCAUUGUGUUUGUCUCUGACAACGUGACCCAGUACCUGCAGUACAAACAGGAGGAGCUGAUCAACACCUCCGCCUACAACAUCCUCCAUGAGGACGACAGGGAGGAGUUCCACAAGAACCUGCCCAAGACCAACGUGAAUGGGGUGUCCUGGGGGGGGGAGGCGCCCCGGCAGAAGAGCCACACCUUCAACUGCCGCAUGCUGGUCAAGUUUGGCAACACCCACGGGCCUGUAGAGGAAGGGCAUGGAGGACCGCGCUACGAGACCAUGCAAUGCUUCGCCCUGACCCAGCCCAAGGCCAUGAUCGAAGACGGGGAAGACCUGCAGUCGUGUAUGAUCUGUGUGGCCCGUCGUGUGACUGCUGUGGAGAGAACAGAGAGCUUCAACACCCGACACGAGCUCACAGGUAAGCUGAUCCAGAUAGACCAGAACUCUCUGCGUGCGUCGAUGCGUCCUGGCUGGGAGGACCUGCUGAGGCGCUGUAUCCAGAUGUUCCUACAGCACAGCGACGGACAGCCCUGGUCCCACAAACGGCACUACCACGAGGCUUUCCUGCAGGGUCACGCUGAGACCCCCCUGUACCGCUUCUCCCUGUCAGACGGCACCCCUGUCACGGCCCAGACCAAGAGCAAGCUGUACCGCCACCCCAUGAGCAAUGAACCCCAGGGCUUCAUCUCCACUCACCUGCUACAGAGGGAGCAGAAUGGCUAUCGCUCUGCCCAGACUGGUGGCAUGAUGCCUGGGGCUAUGAGGCAGCAGGGCAUGGGGGGCCCCAACCCCAACGCCCAGAUGAACAUGCCCCCUGGCGCAGGGAUGGGGAUGGGGGGUAUGAGCCGAGGCUAUGGGCCCAUGAAUGAACAGAGCCACAUGGGACAGAUGGGAGGGGGCUCAAUGUACGGAGGAAAUGGAGGUGGGGGUGGCGGUGGAGGCAUGGGCAACAGAAUGAUGCAGAUGAAUCAGAUGAAUCAAAUGAACCAUAUGGGCCAGAUGAACCAAAUGAAUCAGAUGGGUCAUCAGAUGAACCACCCGGGUCCAGGCAACCACCCAGGCAUGCAGCAUCCUCAGCACCCACAGCAGCACCCCUUCCAGAGCAGUGGGGGGUACGGACUUGGGGGUAUGAGCAGCCCCUUGGGGAGCCCCCGGAUGAGUGGCCCCCAGCAGGGGUUCCUGAUGUCCCCCCGAAAUCGAGGCAGCCCCAAGAUGGGCGCCAGUCAGUUCUCUCCUGGAGGCAUGCACUCCCCCAUAGGCCCUCAUGGAGGAGGAGGUGUGGGAGGAGGUGGCACCUCCUUUUCCAGCAGCUCCCUCAACGCCCUCCAGGCUAUCAGCGAGGGGGUCGGGAGCUCCCUCCCUUCGACCCUCGCCUCCCCCUCCCCGGCCCACAAACCAGACAGCUCCCCCAGCGUCCACUCCUCCUCUCAGUCCUCCCAGCCAAGCCAGCCGGCCAAACCAGGCCCGGACGGCUCCAAAAGCCCACCUGGGCCCGGCGAGCACCACCACCUCCUCCACCACCAUCACCCACACACCCAGGCAGAGAGCUGCGGAGACCGGCUGGACAGCCAGGCCAUGGCAGGCAGCAAGGAGCCUGGAGAGGGGGCCAGCGAGGCUGGGGUGGCCAGCUCAGAACCCACCCGGAGAGUCCCAGACAGUAAGGGCCAUAAGAAGCUGCUGCAGCUGCUGACCUCCCCCACUGAGGAGCUGGGGUUAGGGGGAACCGGUCCGGCCUUGCCCUCUGUACCUCCCCCACCAGGCAGCAGCAACAUCCCAGCAGGGUCUGACACUAAGGACCCCACAGGAGGCAUGACCAGCCCUUCCUCUACCGGAGUCUCCUCCUCUUCCUCGGCCUCCACCAUUCAGGGCCCGGCGUCAGGCCCAGGUGGCGCUGCUUUGGCCAAUGCUCUGGCCUCGGCCCACUACACGGCGUCGCUGCAGGAGAAGCACAAGAUCCUCCACAAGCUGCUGCAGAACAGCAACACUCCCGACGAGGUGGCCAAGAUCACAGCCGAGGCAACUGGGAAGGUGACCCUGGGGGGCCAGGAGGUCCCAGGGGAGACGGGGGCUGGGGGAGGAGGAGCAGGAGGAGUGACUGAGCCCAAGCAGGAGCAGCACAGCCCCAAGAAGGAGAAGACCCACGCGCUCCUCCACUACCUCCUCAACAAGGACGACACUAAAGAGCCCGUGGACGUGAAGCCCAUGCCUGAGGAGCUGGAAGGAAAGGGCCCCCCAGGAGCCACUGCCGGUCCCCCAUCCAGAGGCCCUGGACCCACCCCUGAACAUCCAGAAAGCAAGAUCAAGUCAGAGCCACCUGAUGAGUUGGAGAACCUGGAGUCCAUCCUGGGAGGUCUGAGGGGUUCUGGCUCUGAGUUCUACCCAGAGCAGGGAGGAGGGGCUAAUGAAGGAGGGAACAAGGCCCAGGGUUGCCUCGAUGACAACCUGCAAGGGAGUCCAGGGAUGGCCCCUGGCCAACGAGGGCCCUUUCAGAGGGCGAUGUCAGUGGACGCCAAGCCCCCCGGCGGUCCUGGAGGGGCGGGGAGGCGUCCCAUGCUCAUCAAACAGGAGAAUAUGUUGAGCAGCCCAGACGGAUACCCGGGGAACAUGGGUGUGUGUCCGCGAGGCGUUGGAACACGGCCGAUGAACAGGGGCAUGGGGGUUCCCCAGCGCUCUCCCAUGGGGGGGUCAGGGGAUUGGGGGAUGCCCCGCUCCAGUGCCAGCCCCGUGGGCUCAGCCGGUCACCCUUCUAUGAUCCGCCCUGGCAUGGACUACAACUCCAAAGGCAUGAUGGGAGGUCCCAUGGUGGGCAGGUCCAACAGUGUUCCUGGCACUAGAUCCAUGCUGCAGCAACAGCUGAUGGACUUGGGAUGUUCUGGUGAGAUGGGGAUGGGGAUGAGUCCGUUCAGUCAGCAGGGCCAGCCCAACCAGUCUCCCUCCUGGCCUGACAGUGUGAUGGGCAUGGAGGGCAACCACAACAGGCGUCAGUUUGGGAACGCCCUGGACGAGCUCCUGGCUCCGCCCACCACCAGCGAGGGCCAGAGUGACGAGCGGGCGCUGCUGGACCAGCUGGACUCUCUGCUCAACAACACGGAUGGCAUCGCCUUGGAGGAGAUCGACCGGGCCCUGGGUAUCCCCGACUUGGUCAGCCAGGGCCAGGGGCCAGAGCAGCACGGUGAGCCCUUCCCCGGCCAGGACCCCUCCAUGGUGCUGGAGCAGAAGCCUCUGUACGGCCAGGGCUACCCCGGCCCCCCCUCCAUGGCCAUGCAGUCAGCCUACGGGGGGAGCCCCAUUCAGGGCCAGCUCCAACAGGGGAGCUUCGGCCCCAUGCUCUCCCAGAUGGGCCAAGGGGGCAGCUUCGCGGGGAUGGGGGGUAUGGGUCACCCUCGCGCCAACAUGAUGAGACCCAGGAUGAUGAGUGCCACCAAACCCAUGAGGCUCCAGCUGCAACAGAGAUUACAGGGCCAACAGUUUAUGAGUCAGACUCGGCAGGGGAUGGCCAUGAAGAUGGAGAACCCUGGGGCGGGUAACCCUGGCAUGAGGCCGGGCAUGCAGCCUGGCAUGGGGGGACAGCCUGGCUUCCUGAAUGCCCAGAUGAUGGCCCAGCGUAGCAGGGAGAUGGUGACCAUGCAGAUGAGGAGACAGAGGAUGAUGAUGCUAAUGCAGCAGCAACAGCAGCAGGCGGCAGCGGCGGCCGCCGGGGGAUUCAGCCCCCCUCCCAACGUCACCGCCCCCGCCGGCAUGGACACCCCCAUGGGAGGCCCCAACAUGGGCCAGCCGGGCCCCCAGCAGUUUGGCUACGGGGGAAACUACGGUAUGACCCAGCAGGGUGACCCGUCGUUCGGCCCUGCGGGCGGCAGCCCCCCCAACACUAUGAUGUCAGGCCGCCUUGGUCCUCAGAAUCCCAUGAUGCAGCAGCAUCCCCAGGGCGGACCCAUGUACCAGAGUGCCGAGAUGAAGGGCUGGCCGCAGGGAGGCAUGGCCCGCAACAGUACGUACCCCCAACAGCAGUUUGCCCAACAGGGUAACCCGGGGCAGCAGCAGUUUGCCCAACAGGGUAACCCGGGGCAGCAGCAGUUUGCCCAACAGGGUAACCCAGGGCAAUACGGGGGCAUUAUGAUAAAUGGGGGCAUGCCUGCCAACGGAGGAGGGGGCCAUAUGGGCCAGAUGGGGGGCCAGAUGGGGAUGAACCCCAUGGUGAUGGGACGUAUGCCGAUGGGGCCUGAUCAGAAAUAUUGCUGAACCUGAGACCGAGGCGUGUGGUGGAACAGAAACGGACUCAAUGUGAUCCCUUUCAGAGAGAGGAGUGCAGUGCUCAGUGUGUGCCGGACCAAAUGUACGUGUGAGUGGUAUUCUACUCCCACCAGUUGGGGGUGCUGUUCCUCUGAACUCAAGGACAGUCUCACAAAACAAGACCAAGGACACACUCUAUUCUACAUGCACUUACAUGAGACACACCAUGACCCACCAACACACACAUACACACUCAAAAACAGUCAUGUAUGUAAAGCGGAGACGCACUGUGACACACACACACACACACACAAACUGACAGAUACACAACUGUUUCAUUCCUCCAUCAGUCUUUAGUGAUGUAGUUUCAUUAGUCCUCUCUCUGGGUUCUAUGUCUCUGUACUGGACACACGCCACUCGCUGGACCAAACAGACUGAAGCGGGGGACACCCAACUAAUAAUGAUCUGGCUCUGACAGACACGGAUGGACAGACAUGAGAAGACAUCCUCUCGUGGGAUGUAAACUAACGCUUUGUUCACCCUAUGGGCAUGGGAAUUCUCUCUCUGCUUCGGGAAACACUGGAGGAAGUAUUCCCUAGUUCUGGUCCUGAAGGACCACUGUGUAUGCAGUGUAUCCCAUCCGGUCUCUGAAUCCACUCUUAAUGAAUGACAUAAUACAUAUGAUGUAGUCCCAUUGCUGGAGAAGGUGGGAGUUGCUUGUAAUCACUGACACAGGGUCAGCUAUUUUCACAUCCCCCUAAUAGUUAAGAUUAGGGACACUGAUCCUAGAUCUGUGGUCAUGGGCAACUUCUAUCUCUAUAAGAUAAAUUACUAUGCUGAUGAGCAGGCCUAUAGUCAAUGAAACAACUCAGAAGUAAGUAAUUGAGAGUCAGUAUACAUACACAGUGGUCCUGCAGGAGACUGGGUUAAGGUACGACAGAAAUAAAUACUAGUUGGCUGUGAUUGCACUUUACGGAAAGGCUGUCGUCAAAAGGAUUGUGGAAAUAUUUCUUGGUCAUAGAGGCCUUUACCCAAGAAUGAAUGCAUAACAGAAAAUCUUGUUUUGCUUUUGUGUGUGUCGGAGGAUGGGGACUAUUUUGAUUGGAAAUGGAUUACCGUGACGAUCAUUAUUCUAAAUGGUUAACCAAUUGAAAGGCAGUAAGCACAGAAUUUAUAGAACACUUUCUUCUGCAGUGUGUUGAUUAUGGGAAAGUUAGUGGAUUUCAAAGGUUCUGAUUAUUAAAGUCGAUCCUUAAAAUGUGCUGACCUAUUUCAGAGGGCAAAAUUACCCUCAAUAUCUAUACAACUAUUCAUAAAUGAUCAUUUAAAAAAAAAAACAUGAGUAUAUUGUAUUUUUAAGGAGGAAUUCGUAAGAUUUACAUUCUUGGUUACCUCAUGGAACACUUGAUAGCGAUUUUUGCCAGUUAUUGAAUGAGUUAAUUCCUAAAGUAAUCCACACACUAUGAAAGAAAGGGUAUCCCUGAUUUUAAUGUAUGUUUAUGCAGAUUUCUAGCAAUAAUCUUUUGUCUUGAUUCUCCUGUGAGGGCAAAGUGAAGCACCAUUUACUCAAAGUCAAAGCGAUGGUAGUGCAGUAUUAGGAUGCGAAUCAUCUUGUUUGGAUUUUUUUUUUAAUUUUGUCUGUGAAUAUAAAUUGUAUAUACGCUUCAAAUGUAUUAUAUAUAUAUAUAAAUAUAUGCUUUUGUAGGUCACAUACUGUUUUUGCACAGAUUGUCAGGCUAGAUAUUUAAAGUAUAAUUUUCUUAUUAUGUCGUAGGUCAAAACAGCUUUUAUUUUCAAUACUUCAACCAUGGGUGAAAAUCAAGGGGCUAUUUCUCUGAUCAAUACUGAAAUACUUUGGCUCGAUUUCUCUCAGAAAGCUACAACUGCCACUUUUGUUCUCUCAGAAAACACUUUUUUUUUAUUUGUGAUCUAUAAAUCAUACAUUUCUCUUUUUCAAAGACAUUGUGUAUAUUUAGAGAUGCUUGUGUGAUCCUGUCAUUUUCUAUUAAUAGAUUUGUUUUGUUUUUUGUUUUAAGAGCAAUCAAACACACACAAUGCCAAAAGAGGUUUCAUGUGAUUGUGUUAGACUUAUGAGGGUCCAUGUUUCUUACCAGUGUGUGGAUUGAUAUUUUUUAGGGCCCUAUGACUCCAAUGGCUCUAGUACUCAGGCUCCCAAGUGGCACAGUGGUCUAAGACACUGCAUCUCAGUGCAAAAGGCAUCACUGCAAUAACUGGUUGAAAUCCAGGCUGCAUCACAUCCGGUUGUGAUUGGGAGUGCCAUAGGGUGGCGCACAGUUGGCCCAGCGUUUGGUGGGGUAGGCUGUCAUUGUAAAUAAGAGUUUUUCUUAACUGACUUUCCUAGUUACAUAAAGGUUAAAUAAAAAAAUAAAAAUAGUUCCAUUUCUUAUAAUUCCAUACUCUAUAAUUGGCCAGGCUACUUAACAGCGACUAUGUGCUCACAGGUAUGCUAUUAUAGACAACCCAGAGU